AAAUAACUCGUUUAUGUGCACCCUUUAGAAACGGGAUGCAAUCUGGUUGUACAUAGUAAGGGGACAAAUGGAUGCGCUUUAAGACACUUUGUUCAUCAUGCGUAAUUUGUUUGUCAUCACUAUUGAAUGUUUGUUGAGUGUGGUAUUACUAGCUGUGCAUGUGUUCAACUUUCGAUUUCAAUCAUGUUACACAGUACGUCUCGCAGUAGUAAGAUAUCUACAAUCAUCACAUAGCAUAGCCAGACAAAUACGAGUCAUUGCUUUGGCUUGUAGGUCUGUGAUUGUGCCAUUUGCUCUUACUGUACAGUUCCCGACACACUGAGCUAGGUCUCUGACCGAUGAUGGAGGGAUAUGUCUCUCAGUUGUCAACUCCACAGAGUCAAGAUGUGAGACCAGUGAUGCA